UCUUCAUAUACUCAUCCUCUUUCCAUUUAUUCAUCUUCUCAGAAAGAAGUUCUGAAGUCCAGAAAUAAGGAACUAGUCCAACUGUUUGAAUAUGCCGUUGGUAUCCAUCAUGCUGGGAUGUUACGGGAUGACAGAGGCCUGACUGAACGACUUUUCUCUGAGGGACUUUUAAGGGUACUCGUUUGCACAGCGACUCUAGCAUGGGGAGUAAAUCUUCCUGCUCACACUGUGGUGAUUAAGAUAUUCGGUCGUGCUGGAAGACCCCAGUUUGAUAAAAGUGGUGAAGGCAUCAUAAUAACCUCUCACGACAAAUUAGCAUAUUAUUUGCGUCUUUUAACCAGUCAACUUCCAAUUGAGAGUCAGUUUAUAAACUCCUUGAAAGAUAAUCAAAAUGCUGAGGUAGCACUGGGGACUGUGACAAAUGUUAAGGAAGCUUGUGCUUGGCUGGGAUACACAUAUCUUUUCAGAAGGAUGAAAAUGAAUCCACUGGCAUAUGGUAUUGGAUGGGAUGAGGUCAUUGCGGAUCCUUCAUUGAGUCUGAAACAAAGAGCUCUGGUUUCAGAUGCCGCACGUGCUCUGGACAAGGCAAAGAUGAUGCACUUCGAUGAGGAAAUUGGAAACUUUUAUUGCACUGAGCUUGGUCGUAUUGGUAGCCACUUUUACAUUCAGUACUCCAGUGUUGAAACCUAUAAUGAGCUUUUGAGAUGCCACAUGAGUGAUACGGAGGUGAUUGACAUGGUUGCACAUUCUUCGGAAUUCGAAAAUAUUGUCCUCAUAGACGAAGAACAAAAUGAGCUAGAAAUGUUGGCUUGCAAAUGUCCUCUGGAAAUCAAGAGUGGUCCGUCAAAUAAACAUGGAAAAGUGUCGAUACUUAUCCAGAUACUGAGGAAGCUUGAAGAAAGAGGGGUGGACUUAGAUCGUCUAUAUGAGAUGGAGGAAAAAGAAAUUGGAUCAUUAAUUUGCUAUGCACCUGGAGGAAAGGUGGUCAAGCAAUACAUUGGAUAUUUUCCAAUGGUACAGUUAGCUACAGUAAGCCCAAUCACUAGAACUGUUUUAAAGGUACCGGCAAUGUGCCAAAGUCCACCCGGAGAUUAUGGAACUCAGGUGAAUUUGAUUCAUGGGGUUGCAGAAAAAGUGUUCUCCGAGAUGGGCUCCUCUGUGAGCUACAAAGUGGGCACAAUGAUCGAGAUCCCUAGAGCCGCUCUUGUGGCAGACGAGGUUCGCGAAUUUUGUUGUUCUGAGCUAAAACCACAUUAUGUUUUCUGAAUUUGAGUACUAAUAGUAUUUACAUUAUAUUCUAGCUGACCAGAGGUUACAAAGUAAAAAGUAAAAACAUGCAGAGUUUACAUUGUUAACUGCAAAAUUACUACAAGAGUAUAGCAAUUUUUAUAGUGCAAUGUGGCAACAGUUUUACCAAAUUCUUUGCAAUGUUCGUUCUAUAAGUUCCAAUUCUGUAAUUUUGGUUUCAAUAUUUCCUCAAUUACGGUGUAUCAAACCAAAAGUAAACUAGGCUCUAAAUUUCCUAAUCCUUUUAUGCUCUUCAACAACAGGCUAUUAGCAAUUGAAAAAUUCUUUAAAAUGCCUAAGUUCAACUUUUGUUCCCGAUACUCGUCUUUAGGGUCAAAUUUUAGGUUGAGAAGUAUACAUCGACUUGCUUUUUUCCAGUAACUUACAAGAUUAACUUGAUUUUCGGUGAGCGUUGUUCCGAACUCAAAGUUGUCGGCAAUCACAUCUUCUAAGGCAAUAAACCGUGCAGCUUCAAAAAAAUGGUAAAACACGGAUAGUAAAGCUUUCCUAAAGGCAUUGUCGUCGUAAAACCUAUUGUCUUUUUUUUUUUGCUUUGGCUUCGGCAUGGACAACAAUUGCAACGCACUUCUCAGAGCUUCUCGGCCUACUGGUAGGUCAUUUCUUAAAUCAUCACUAAUGCUUGGAUAGCUCCCAUCGUAUGGAAGCGGUUGAGCCUUUGGUAAUAACUUUUGAUCACCACGGAAACAGAUCUGCGAGGGCUCUUCUCUCGAAGGAUCUAUUUCCCUCUCGAGCUCAAUUAGGUCUAGAUUAUCGGAACGUGUAUUCAAGACUAUCUCUUUCUCUCGAUCGAAGUUAAGAAUCUUUAAUUUCAUCAAAAGUUUAAGUUGGUCGGCAUUAGUCACUGCCUCGGGACGCAUAAGAGGAAUACCUGAAACUGUCACAUAAUGAAGCCUUCCAGAUGCAUGUUGACGUACUUUCGAAGGGCUCUUAUAGCCUUCCUAUACUCGAUCUUCGACUCUGGAAAUGCGAGCAAGUGAUCCUCCAUUUUUGA